UUUGGAACUGACAAAAAAAUGAUGUCUAAAACAGAUUAUACGAAAUAUGCCUUAACUCUUCCAUGGAAUGUAUGGCCGAUCCGCUCAAGCAAGCCGACUCAACUGUUGAUACUUCACUGGAUAUUGCGUGUCGUUGUUUCAUAAUCAAUUUUUUUUUUUUUUUCAUUUUAAUUUUAUAUUAUGCGUUCAAUGUCUCUUAACAGUUUGCUUUGUUUACCUGUCCCCAUUUUUAUAAUCAUCUCUUCCUGCAGCCUUUUUCAUGUCCUCUCUCUCCCUCUCUCUCUCUCUCUCCCUCUCUUGCCAUCUUUUGCCUUGCUCACAGUUUUCUACUUGCCCAGAUACAAUUUAUUUUCCCCUCGUUUGUUAAAUUUUUCUGGGUAUCUCUUUUUUAUUCCUUCUUCUGGAUUUUUUUUUUUUUUUUUUUUUUUUUUUUUUUGCAUUCAAUCUCAGUGAAGAUUGGUGAUUCGAGUUGAAAGGUCUUUGCUUUUCUGUUUCUGGUUGAUUUUUGGGAGAUGGGUAUUUUCAUUGAUAAACUAAGAGGCUGAAAUUUACUGGGUUUGGUGGAGGCCUCAAAAGAAACAGAAAAAAAAAAAUGAAGGAUUUUGCUGGGACUCCGGGAACAUUGACUGCUCUCGCUUUGAGGAUUUCGCAGUGUAUUUUUGCUGUGGGCUCAAUUACUGCCAUGGCCACCACUUCCAACUUCUUCAAUUUCACUGCUUUCUGCUAUCUUAUAGCUUCAAUGGGUUUGCAAGUCAUAUGGAGCUUUGGGCUUGCAUUAUUAGAUGCAUAUGCCUUGGUCCGGAAGAAGGUUCUCCACAAUUCUAUUUUAGUCAGCCUUUUCGUAGUGGGAGAUUGGGUAACAGCAACGUUGUCUCUAGCAGCAGCUUCUGCCUCGGCAGGCAUCACAGUGCUCCUGUUUCAUGAUGUUGGACACUGUAGUUAUUUGAGGGAAUGCGAAAAGUACCAAAUGUCAGUUGCAUUGGCCUUUUUGAGCUGGGUAACUAUUGCAAUAUCAUCUCUAAUUAUGCUAUGGCUACUGGCUGCAUGUUAGACGAUUUCUUUAUGGGCUAAUGGCCGUGUCAUAGAAAUUUUCAUCAUUCUACAGUGUCAAUACAAAAGAAAAGAAGAACAGCAUAACCAUAUUCGAAUUUUGCUUCCAUUUGGAUUAUUCUUUUUCUACUUUCUGAAAAGGGAAAGCUAAUUAUAUCCAAUUGAUGACACCCACAACAUUGUAAUAUGCGUCUAGAAUUGUGGAUAUGCUUAAAUGAAAACUAUUGUUAUGCAA